AUGUUUCAGCGGGCGUCCUUUAGGCUCCUGGACGAAGGCAAUGCCCACGUCGAACUCAGUCCGAAGCAUGACAGCGCCGAACCACCGGGACAAGGCAAAGCUAAGUCCAUUUUACCGCCACAUCUUCGGCCCUGGCUUCCCUUGCUCGUGUAUGCAGUGACGGCCGUGUCCACCCUGGCCACCAUGACGUACUUUAGCUUCUUUGCAGCGACAGUUGACGGCACUGCGCCAACGAUGAUGGGAUGUCGAUACUUUGGCUAUUGGAAUGGCCCUACAUGUGGCCUCAACGGCAUCGAUUGCCAGCCCUUUGAAUCGGAUUGGAAACCCAUCCGUUGCCCCACUCGGUGCCUUUGGGAUAGUUCAUCGGUGCUGGAAGUGAUUGGAUCCGGUGUUUACAAGGGCGACUCGCGUAUUUGCAAGGCUGCUAUCCACGCUGGCGUCUUGGGCACCGAUGGCGGCUGUGCCAUGAUGAAAUACUCGGGCAGUCGCACCAACUUUGAAGCGUCCACGGCGUUUGGCGUGACGUCGCAGGCGUUUGACUCGUGGUUCCCCAAAACGUUUGAGUUUAAACAAGCCCCCUCGGCCAGCCAUUGCACCGAUUUAAGCUGGGGAAUCCUCGCCGUGGGGACUUUAGCGUGUUUUGGCCUCGUGUUUUUUCCCUUGCCUCCCGUGGUUUUAAUCCACACCAUGAGCAUUUGGGGGUUCGUUUACGUGGCAUUGAUUGCCGCGCCGGACGGCUACGACUACAAGGCCAUCCUUGUGCGUCUUUCAACCCAGGUGUUCAUUGUCGUGGCGGCGGUGCACUGCUGGUACCACUGGGCCAUCAAGUACACCUUUGCGGACUUUGCGUCGGCUUCCAAACUGAUUCAAGCGAUACUUUGGGGAUUGGGCUACGUGAUUCCAUUCCACGGGAUGCUGCACUUGUCGUUUUUGGCGUAUAUUCCGUGGCUCAACUUUGACUUGGGCGGGUACAAGUACAACGACGUGUCCCACACUGCCACGUACGUCGUGCUGGUCGUGGUCGGGCUGGUCCUCUUGGCCACGGUCGCGUUUCUAUUGGUCCACCUCCACCGCCAAAGCAAACUUUACCGUACACUGACUGGCUACGUGCUCUUGACACUGUAUUGCUUGUUUGUGUACGCGUUGUUUCCGUCCACGAUCUUGCACUUGCACCAUGUGAUGGUGGGUGUCGCCUUACUACCCCUCACUCGAGUCCCCAAAUGGCCGGCCUUUGCCGUCCAAGCAGCGGGACUCGGGCUCUUCAUCCAGGGGUACGCCGCGUGGGGCUGGCCCACCUUCCUCGAUAUCUUGCCGCCAUCGUAUCGGAUUGAUAUUGGCGAAGUCGCCCCCGUGGCGCUAAACAUCACGGCGGCGGCGGCCAACGUGACGUGGCAGCCUCUCGACGCAGUAUUCGGUUACGCCCUCAUGCUGAAUGGGGUGCAGGUGGCUCGAACCGACCGAACGUGGGCCACAGUGGAAAACCUCCAGCCAAACCAGACGUACUACGUCCAAGUGUCAGGCAUCGGCAACGGAGGCACCGACGGCUGGCCUGGCGCCAAAGGCAACUUCACUACUGCUCUAGUAUAACGUAACCCUAUUAGUUAACGUGAACUAAGGCACUUUUGUAUUGAUUGUUGAA